AUGGCUUUCAGUAUUGUCCUAAACAGAUAUAUAAACGAGUCUGUGGCAGAGUAUGGUGCCAUUUUGGAUUUUGAAUUGAAAGAAGUUGACAAUAAAUACCAAAAGAGUUAUGAAGAGCUAUUGAAGAAUGAUGAUAAGCAAGAACUUUUGAACCAAAUAGUGGGCUCUUCCAAGUUCUUAUUGGUCAAUUUUUCUGACAAGUCUCUUGAACCAACAGCUAAUUUGUAUAUACACAUUUUGGAUGCGUUGACAUCUGAAUUGAAUAUUGAUAUUAGCGGGGUUUUUAAACAGGUGUUGACCAACUUUUCUUCAGAAUCGUUGUCAAAAUCUGCAGAAAUCAAACCGACGACAGUGAUUUCUUUGCUUUCGAACAUUUUCAACUUCCUCAAAGAAUCGAACCAUCUUAGGGCUGAUAUUCUCAAGGAUAUUAUAACAUUGGUGUCAGCCAAUGAUCUUCAGAGCAUGCUUUUGCCUAUAGCGCAGAACUUCUCUGUGUGGCUGUCUGAUAUUGAAGGUGUGACUGAUGAUGAAUGGAGGGCCCUCGCUAACCAAAUAUUUGCGCAGAUUUAUGCCCAGGAUCAGAUGGCUGCGUUAACUUUCUACAAGAAAUUGGUUGAAUCAGAGACGGACUCUAGCAAGCUACAGCCACAAGAUUAUGAUGAGUUCUUGGUGAAGGUGUUGUCGUCUAAGAAAUACUUUAACGUUUGCAAUCUUGACAUUGGUGCCAAGUUGGGAGAUGGUUCAUUGGCUCACUUGUUUGAGAUUAUCAGGAACGCAGAUCUCAGUGAAUUCUUGACGUUUGUGAACAGUAAAGAGGGUAGCAAAUUGGGCGACAAACUGGAUUUAGCCAAACUGACAUAUAAAGUGAAAUAUCUUGCUGCACCCCAAGUGUUGGAGAAGUUUGAAGAAGAAACCGGGAAGAAUGAAUUUAGUUAUGAACAGAUUGCGCAGCAGUUAGAUGUCCCAUCGGACAGCAUUGAAGAGUUUUUGAUCAACUGCAUCCAACAGGGAUUAAUCACAGGUAGAUUGUCGCAGGCCAAGCAGGUGUUUUAUUUGAGCAAGAUAGACCGAUUGAACACUCCAAGCAAGACUUUGAAUGCCAAGGAUUGGCAUAGAGCCAACCAAUAUUUAGAGAACUGGUCUCGAACAAUCGAAGACUUACAAUCUCUCAUUAAAAACCUUACGAGUAGAAAAGGAAAAAAAAUGCUUCCUCCUCAGGCCAUACAAACAUUCCAUCAGCAGAAGCAGGAGCUGAAAGAGCACCUGCAGCAGGAGAAGCAGAAAGAAAGGGAAAGACAUCAGGACGACGAGGAGACAGAGGAUUCUCAGGAGCCUGCUGUUCAGCAAAUUGUUGCUUGA